ACGGCUGCGGCAGCGUCCACGUCAACGGUACCGGCGGCGUCAACGUCUAUGUCAGCAGCAGCAGCAGCAGCGCCAACAACAACACGACAACACUGCUGGACACUGGAGACAGUUUAAUUUGCAAUCCUUGCGACUGCUUAUCCAGCUUGCUUACACAGUGUUGAAGAGUGAAACACGAGUCGAGAUCUUCAAUUGUCAAUAACGGACUGCAUGCACUACGUAAUCCACUAAAUCUUUGUGGACAGCUUUCUUUUAGGUUACAUCCUUCAGCGUAGUAUUUUAUCACAGAUUGAUCAUGUCUGCGGCAUCUGUGUCAAAUAAUUCGCUCGUCAAGACUGUGGCCUCUGAAGUUCCCUUCUGUGAUUUCUGUUUAACUUUGGAGAAAAUACAGAAAAGCAAAUCCAGGUCUGAGAAAAGCAAGUAUUUCAAAGACUUCCUGGAUUCAUGGAGAUAUUUUCAUGAUGCUCUUCAUAAAAACGAGGUGAACACCACUGAUUCUUUUUACCCAGCAAUGCGUCUGGUACUGCCUCAGCUGGAGAGGGAGAGAAUGUCGUAUGGAAUCAAAGAAACUAUGCUUGCAAAACUUUACAUUGAAGUUCUCGGUUUGUCAAAAGAGGGAAAAGAUGCACUUAAACUCUUAAAUUAUAGAGCUCCAACGGCCUCGUAUGGAGAUGCAGGUGAUUUUGCUGUGAUUGCCUAUUUUGUUCUGAAACAGAGGUGCCCAAACAAAGGCACUCUGACUAUUCAGGAGGUAAAUGACCAUUUGGAUUCUAUUGCACUUAACAAUGCUGUUAAGAAAAAAGACUUGGUCAAAAAGAGUCUGCUGCAGUUAAUAUGCCAGAGUACUGCUCUGGAGCAAAAGUGGCUUAUUCGAAUGAUCUUGAAGGACAUGAAAUUAGGUAUCAGUCAGCAAACUAUAUUUCAGUUAUUCCAUGCAGAUGCAACAGAGCUUCACAACGUGACCACGGAUUUGGAAAAAGUUUGUAGACAACUUCACGAUCCCUCAGUAUCCCUUAGCGAUGUUUCCAUCACGCUGUUUUCUGGUUUUAAGCCAAUGCUCGCCGCUGUUGCUAACAUGAAAAAAAUUGAAAAGUUGAUGCACAAUCAAGGUUUUUACUUGGAAACUAAACUGGAUGGGGAGCGUAUGCAACUUCACAAAGAUGGAGAUGUUUAUAAAUAUUUUUCGCGCAACAGCUAUGAUUACAGCCAACAGUUCGGUGCCUCCUCAUUGCAAGGGUCUCUCACGCCAUUUAUCCACAAGGCGUUCAGCAGCACGGUGCAAAAUUGUAUUCUUGAUGGAGAAAUGAUGGCUUACAACCCCAAUACCAAAAUCUUCAUGCAAAAAGGAAACCAGUUUGACAUCAAACGGAUGGUGGAGGAUUCGGAAUUACAAACCUGUUUCUGUGUUUUCGAUGUGCUCAUGGUAAAUGAUCAGAAGCUGGCAAAUGAAACUCUGAGAAAAAGACACGAAGUCCUUCUCACUGUAUUCACAACAGCGCCAGGUCGCUUACAGAUUGUGGAAAAAAUGGAAAUAAACACAAAAAAGGACGUUGCGGAUGCCUUGAAUGAUGCUAUAGAUAAACGGGAGGAAGGAAUUAUGGUAAAGGAUCCUUUAUCUGUUUAUAAGCCAGACAAACGUGGCGAAGGUUGGUUAAAGAUUAAACCAGAAUAUGUUGAUGGCUUGAUGGAUGAGCUUGACAUCUUAAUCGUUGGUGGCUACUUUGGAAAAGGCCAGCGUGGUGGAAUGGUGUCUCAUUUUCUGUGUGCCGUUGCAGAGGUUCCUGCACCUGGUGAGAAACCAUCCGUCUUCCACACCAUUUGCCGUGUAGGUUGUGGAUACACGAUGAAGGAGCUUUACGAUCUUGGUCUGAAACUAGAUAAGCACUGGAAACCUUACCGUAAAAGUAAUUCCCCACCAAAUAUUCUGUGUGCUACUGAAAAACCAGAAGUGUACAUUGAGCCCUACAAUUCGGUUGUUCUUCAAGUUAAGGCAGCUGAAAUUAUAAGGAGUGAUGUGUAUAAAACAGGUUGCACCUUGCGUUUUCCACGAAUUGAGAAGAUCAGAGAUGAUAAGCAGUGGUAUGACUGUAUGACCUUGCAUGAUUUGGAUGAACUGCACAAUAAAGCAUCUGGGAAACUUGCGUCCAAGCACGUUGACCUCAAUGACGAUGAGCCAGAUAAGAAGAAGCGUAAAGCUCUGGCAAAAACCAAAAAGUUGAUUGGUAUUGCAGAACAGUUUAAGGCUCAAGAUCUAUCGAAUGUCAGCAAAGUAUCUAAUAUUUUUGAGGAUGUUGAAUUUUGUGUCUUAAAUGGCCUUGACCACUAUGCCAAAGCUGAGCUGGAAAAGGGGAUUGCUGAGUGUGGAGGACUGGUUGUUCAGAAUCCUGGACCAGACACUUACUGUGUUGUUGUUGGCACUGCCAAUAUCCGCGUCAGAAACCUUGUCACUUCUAAUGAGCAUGAUAUUGUGAAAGCUGACUGGUUGAUCGAUUGUUUGCAAAAGAGACAUUUUAUACCUUGGCAACCCCAGUACAUGAUUCACAUGUCGCCUUCAACAAAAGAACACUUUGCUCAGGAGUAUGAUUGCUAUGGAGACAGCUAUUUUGCUGAUCUUGAUAAAACUCAGUUGCAAGAAAUUUUCCAAAGAAUGGUGAAACCAGAGCGGAAAUUAACAUUGAAAACUAUUGCUGACUUGGAGCAGCGAUACGGAUGGGACAAAUCACCUGUAAAUAUGUUCAGAAACUGUGUUAUAUAUGUAGACCUAUACAGAACAGUUGGGGACUGCAGUACAAAGACCCACAACACAAGCUUAGAUUUGAGGGUUUUGGAGCUGCGAUUUCAUGGAGCAAAAUGCGUCACAAGUCUGCAGGAAGGUGUCUCGCAUGUACUCAUUGGUAAUGAUACACAACGUCUCCGGGAACUGAAAUUGUGUAGGAGAGAAUUUAAAAAGAAAUUCAAAAUUGUUGUGGAAUCGUGGGUGUCUGAUUCAGUGAAAGCAGGAUAUAUGAAAGAUGAGAAAGUUUACUUACUUUAGAAGAUCGUUAAAAGUCAUGGAACAAUGAGUAAGAGUGGGACUAUUCUUAAGGUAGACACAAACAGCUGGAAUAACUCCGUGGGACAGGCCGCAGCUCUAGAGAGAAGGAAUGGAUGAUGUUUCGG